CAAGCUUUUCCUUGCUGAAGCCAUUUGGAACAUUUCAGGCAUAGAAGACCUAAAGGACAUUCACCGAGGCUUAGAUGCUGCCCCUUCUUAUUAACAAAUCCAGUUUAUUCAAAGAGAUUUUAUAUAUUUCCAGUCAGGAUAUAUGUUUAUCUUUUUUUUUCCCCUGGUUCAAGCUAACAAGAUUUUGUUGUUGUUGUUUUGGGGAAGAACACAAUGCAACCUGGACGCAGUGGGAGGAAAAUGAAGAAAGAAAAAUGACAGAUCAUCAAUCUCCGGGUCAAGACAUCAAUCUUUGGGCCAAUUAUUCACAAGACCUCAUUGGGAAUUCUACCAAUAAUGAAUUUACAACUAUUGUUUUACCUCUGCUUUAUCUCCUUAUAUUCUUGGCAAGCAUCUUUCUGAAUAGCUUGGCAGUAUGGAUUUUCUUCCACAUCAGAAGCAAGACCAGCUUUAUUUUAUACCUCAAAAACAUUGUAGUCGCAGAUUUGCUGAUGACUCUGACAUUUCCGUUUAAAAUUAUUCAAGAUUCAAGACUGGGGCCGUGGUACUUCCAUUUUUUCCUAUGCCGGUAUACAAAAGUUUUGUUUUAUGCCAGCAUGUAUACAACAAUUGUUUUCCUUGGACUUAUUAGCCUUGAUCGAUAUUUGAAAGUGGUAAAACCAUUUGGAGAGUCCAGGAUGUAUAGCAUUACUUUCACUAAAAUUCUGUCACUUGUGGUUUGGAUUGUUAUGGUAUUUUUAGCUUUGCCAGAUCUGGUCUUCACUAAUAGUUACCCAACUAAGAUAAAUACCAGUGACUGCUUAAAACUGAAAAGCCCAUUGGGAGUCAAAUGGCACAACGCUGUCAUUUACUUCAAUAAUGGCAUAUUUGUCAUUGUGCUGAUUGUAUUAAUAGGAUGUUAUAUUGAAAUAUCCAAAUAUAUCUAUAAAUCCAGCAAGCAGUUUAUUAGCCCUUCAAGUCACAAGAGGAAACACAGUCAAAGCAUAAGGGUGGUGGUGUCCGUAUUUUUUAUUUGCUUUGUGCCAUAUCAUCUAUGCACAAUCCUUUUUAAUUUGUGCCAGUUAGAUUAUUAUUUAGGUGCUUCAUCCCACAAGAUCCUGUACUACUGCAAGGAAGUGACUAUUUUCCUAUCGGCAAGCAAUGUCUGCCUAGAUCCAAUCAUCUACUUUUUUAUGUGUAGAUCGUUUUCACGGAGGCUUUUCAGAAAAUCAAACAUACGGACAAGGAGUGAAAGCAUCAGAUCCUUUCAGAGUAUCAGAAAGUCAGAGGUGCGAAUUUAUCAUGAAUAUACCGAUUUGUGACAUCAUUGCUAAGCAUAUAUUUUUUUUAAAUUGUUAUUUGUACCAAUGUUUUCUAUUUGUAAAUAAAGGUACUUUGCUUGUUUUACAAAUUUGAAUAUAUUUUGUGAUUAACAUUUACAU